AUGGAUAUUAAAUGGGGAUGCCAAGAAAGGUUAUUCUUUGAGUUUUAUAAUUCCAACUGGUGGGGUCGUGCACAACAACAUAUACCAUCCAAAAAUAAGUUUGGGAAUAUUCCAACGGACCUUCGAAAUAAAGCUGAGGCCAAAGUGCUUGUUGGUAUUAUACCAACAUUGCAGGGAACAAAAGAUGAACAUCAGACGUCACAGUUUCGACAAUUAAUUAGAUCAGUUUUUCACAAAUGUAUUAACAUCUUAAUUGAGCCAUUACAUUCUCAGUAUCACUCUGGUGUAUUAUUAAAGGUUAACAGUUAUAAUAUAAGAUGUAAUAUAAUAUUGGCAUCUAUUAUUGGAAACUGGCCUGAAAACUGCAAAUCAUGUUUAACUUAUAGUGGAACGAGUUGUGCACGACCUUGUCACACCUGUCUUGUAGGAAAGAAUGAACUAAAUGCUAUUGAUUUGCCCACUAAUCAUAAGUCAUUGCAAUGGGACAAAGCAAAGAUUACUCAUUACAUGAAGAAACCAAUAGUUUUUGGAAUCAUCUGUAAGGCAUCAGAGUACAAGCACAUGAUGAAAGUUAUGCCUUUCGUUCUUGAGGGUCUUUUUGAGGGAAAAAAAAAUGAAUUACUUGUUCAAAUGUUUGUUAAUUGGAAUAAAAUGUAUUGUUAUUCAAGACAAUAUAAAUUUACACAGACUGACCUUUGUCAAUUUGAGUCACUUGUUGAGUCAUAUAAACGUAAUGAAGAAAGCAUCUCUGAAAUUCUUGAAGGUUUACACCAUUUUAUUCCCGUACUGAACGAUUAUUUUAAACUUUUACCUCCUAUGUCUAAAACACAAAUGGAAAAGACAGAAGCUAAUUUAAUUUUAUAUGAAUCUUUCACAUUAACUAAUAAUGAACAAGUUAGAGCUACAAAAAAUUACUAUAAUGCACCGAUGUUUAGUGAUGUUGCUGUUUUUAUGAACUUAGAGCAAAAAGAAUUUAAGACAUAUGAUGGAUAUUGCUUUGCGAA